AUGGAGAGAAAAUUAACAAAAUUAAUAAAAACAUUUUCACUAAAAGAAACCAACAAGUUACAGUUAGAAUUUAAGUAUAACAACGAACGAAAAAUAACGACUCUAUCCCCUUUAUCCCCUGCUAGAAUGUCAAAUUCAGAUACGAUAACGGAAUCAUCAUGGAAUGAACAUAUUCAUUUUAAACUUGAUACAUUAAAUACUUCCGGAAGUACCGGAAGUAAUAAAUUGGUUAUAACAUGUUGGGAUUCAUCUAUUAAAGGACCUGAUGGACGUUUAGGAGAGAUAGCUAUGGAAUUAGAAAAUUUUGAUAAAUCGGAUGAAUUCGAUAAUAAAAUUAAUUUAAAGCUUCGAAGUGAUGAACCAAAGCCAAAGAUUGAAUUGAAAUUUUAUUUAUAUUUCCUAUCAAACAGACCACCAAUUGAAGAGAUGAAAAUGUUCGAAGAUUUGUCACUUCGUAACAAAAGAAUCGGGAUGAUGUUGAUAGAUAACUUAGAAUACGAGAAUUUGUGUGGAAACGCCGGUCCGUUAGGAUUUGAAUUACGAGAAGAAUUUCAUUCUACGGCAGAAUAUUGGCAAAUAGAUUCACAACAGCAAGAAAAACGAUUAGAAUGGAAACAUCCUAUCGGAAUGUUUUUGGUAGCAAGGCCCGAUAACUUGGUGAUCCAUUUUAAAAAAAAUUUUAAUGGAUUGGCAAAAACUAAAAUAAGUAUUGGACCUUCCGGUGAAAUGGAAUUUAUUUGGCCAAGAUUAAUGAACGGUGGUCCUAUAAAUGUUACUUCUAGACAUAUCUUUGGAAAAGAAAAAGGAAAAUCGAUUCGACAAGAUACAAAUGAUACAUUGUCUUGUUCUGCACCAUGUGAAUCUUCAUCUAUUCCAUCUUUUAAAGAUAACCCUUCGGAUCAUGAUGCAAUUCUACAAAAAUCAACACCUACAGUUCAAAGACAUCAAUCGCUUACACAUACUAACGCAACACAAACGAAAACAACUUUGGUUCAAAGACAACGAUCUUAUAAGGAUAAAUCUGAACAAAAACAAAUUGAACAAAAUAAAAGAUUUUCACAUUCUUCCAGCGACACUUCUAAAUCAUCAAAGCAAAAAACCGUUGAUAAGCGUCAACAAAUAAGAAACGACAAUUUGUCUAUAAAUGUUCAUUUUCAACAAGAACCACAAGACUAUGCCAAUAAUAACGCUUAUCGACCCAAACCAUCACCAACAUUUGAAAAUGAAACAAGACAAGAUUUAUCACCAAUUUCGUCAAUUUCGUCUUCACUGAAAUAUUCACCAGACAACAAAACUCAACCAUUAACGAUUCCAAAUUAUAAUUUAUCAAGAAAUAUAGAGCAGCAUAUCAAAGUUGGAAAUUCUCCGCCUGUUAGUGUGGGAUCUCAAUAUUGUGAGCAUAAAGAAAUUCCUUUAGAACCAAAAAUGAAUACUCAACAGAAUCUUCAACAACAAUUGCCUCACAAUCUUACAUUUGGAUUUAAUCCUUCCACGUUUCAAAUCAACAAUUCGCAAAUUAUAUUUAAUAGAUUUGAAAUAAUUUCUCCGUUGCAAAGAGCAACAACUUCACAUAAUAAAGUAUACCUUGGUCAACAUAAGUUUACCAGUGAUCAGGUUAUAAUUAAACAAUAUAAAUCUCAUUCAAGAUGGGAAAAUGAAAAGCGCUUUUUGAAAGAACUCAAGUCGAAACUAAUCGUAAAGUUGGAAGAUGUAAGUAUCAAUCCAAUCAACGAACAAGAUUGUUUAAUUGUUACCAAGUAUUAUGGAAAACCUUUGGAUGAAGUAGCAGGAGAUAUAUAUGACAAUAAGGAAUAUAUAAAAAAGGUAUUUUAUAACAUUUGUUUAGCCGUGGAUUGGUGUCAUAAGAAUGGAGUAGUGCACAUGGAUUUAAACCCAUCGAAUAUUAUAUGCAAAGAUAGACUUAUUCAUAGGAUACGUUUAUGUGACUUUGAACAUGCAAAAAAGGUUGGGGAUAAAAUUUAUUCUCACCAUAAUCAGGCAUUCAUAAUAGGAUUUACUAUAGAUAUUUUUAGUUUAGGUUGUAUAUUAUACUAUUUAAAUACAAAAAAUUUAAUAUUUACAACCGAAAAAGAUUUGGAACAAUUAAAUUUAACCAAAGUUUCUGAAAGCAUUGAAGAUAAACGAGUCUCUAUUUUAGUCAAGUGGAUGGUAGCUGAAACUGGCAACGAAAGACCUGAUACUACACAAUUAAUUACAAAUUCAUUCUUUGAUUCAAUAAGGUAA